UGUUUAGCAACCACCUAUUUAGAGAAUUUAUUUCUCCGGUCACCCCAUUUCAGCAAAAGAGCCUCUAGUGAUCUUAUCAUGCUUCAAGUGAGCCCCACAAUAGCAAAUUCUUCAUUUAUGCCAAGCAGAGCAUAGAGAAACAAGUCAAGCAGAUACCACCCACCUUAUCAGGAUGCAGAUAAGCCUUAUUCCGGAAAAGAAGAAUGAACCCACCCUCAUCAAGAACCUUGGCAAAUGCUGAUACUGUAGCCUCCUCAGAAUUUCUUGCUACACCCAUGCUGUCACACGCUUCAAGAAGUUCACAGAAGGGAAUAACCUCUGUCCCAUCCAUACCAAGCUUCACCUUCAGCUAUUCCACCUUCACCAAUCUCACAAGUAUUAACGUAUUUGCAGGUCAAUAGUGAUAUUUUUUGUUAUAAAUAAAAUAAUCCGAGUAUGGAGACAAAUAUACGCACGUCAUAUCUUUAACAACACUGAAAAUGAGUUCUCUGGCCAUGCAAAUCCACUUUGAUUCCCAGUUUUUUACCUCACUUGUGUUGUUGAUUGGCUUUACUGUAUCGUUUAUGUUAUACAACACCCUUGUGAGGAAGCCAGAGAGACUUCGAUCUAAGCUACGGAAACAAGGUAUCAAUGGUCCAACCCCAACUUUAAUACUUGGAAAUAUAAGGGAGAUAACGAAAAAUAGACAACAUACUGUUGCAAAGACUCCCGUUGAACUAGACCCUCAUGCUUCUCAUGACUGUGCUUCAAUUCUCUUCCCUUUUUUUGAGAAAUGGAGGCAGAAAUAUGGUCAAGUGUUUAUGUUUUCCCUUGGAAACACACAAAUAUUGUAUCUGGAACAACCUGACAUAGUGAGAGAUAUCACCACAUGCACGUCAUUGGACUUGGGGAAGCCUGAAUAUCAGCGGAAAGAAAAAGGGCCGUUGCUUGGUCAUGGAGUUAUAUCUUCAAAUGGGACUAUAUGGGCCAAUCAAAGGAAGAUCAUAGCUCCAGAACUAUACAUGGAGAAGGUUAAGGGAAUGAUGAGCAUAAUUAGUGAGCCUACUAUUUCUCUGCUAAAUAUGUGGAGCAGUAGAAUAGAUUCAGAAGGUGGAACUGCAGAUAUAAAAAUUGAUGACGGCAUAAGAAGAUUCUCUGGUGAUGUUAUUUCAAAAGCAUGCUUUGGAAGCAAUUAUUCAGAAGGAAAAGAAAUUUUCUCAAAACUCGCAGCUCUCCAAGAGAUCAUGUCCAAGAAAAACUUUUCCUCUGGGAUCCCAGGCAUGAGAUAUAUUCCAACGAAGAGCAAUAAAGAAUCAUGGGCAUUAGAAAAAGAGGUGAAAAAUUGUAUACUACAAGUGGUGAAGAAGAGAAAGGAAACUGCUAAUGAGAAUGACCUACUGCAAAUGAUUCUUGAGGGUGCUGAGAACAGGGAUCUAUCUCAGGAGGCCACUGAACGCUUCAUUGUUGAUAACUGCAAGAAUAUAUACCUGGCAGGAUAUGAGACCACUGCAGUUGUUGCUACAUGGUGCCUCAUGUUACUGGCCUCAAAUCAAGAGUGGCAAAAUCGUGUUCGUGCUGAAGCACUGGAAAUUUGUGAGGGUAAAAUCCCAGAUUAUGGUAUGCUUCAUAAGAUGAAGCAGCUGUCAACGGUUAUUCAUGAAUCAUUGCGUCUAUAUCCCCCUGUAGCUGUGAUGUCAAGGGAAGCUUUCAAGGAUAUGAAGUUUGGGAACAUUCAUGUCCCAAAGGGUGUUAACAUUUGGAUAAUGGUUUUGAUCGCACAGACAAAUCCUAAUGUGUGGGGACAUGAUGCCUACAAAUUCAACCCUGAAAGGUUUGCCAAUGGGAUCACAGGUGCUUGUAAGAUGCCACAUUUGUACAUGCCCUUUGGGAUAGGACCAAGAGUGUGUCUUGGAAGGGACUUGGCCAUGAUUGAACUUAAGAUGAUGUUAUCUCGGAUUUUGUCCAAAUUCUUUUUCUGCCUCUCUCCUAAAUACAUUCAUUCUCCUAUACUUAGGCCCUUGAUAGAGCCUGAACAUGGAGUACAUUUGCUGGUAAAAAAACUAUGAUCUGUUCCUGGAGAAGAGAAUAUUAAUUAGUUCAAUGAAUCAUUCUCAUUUAUUAGAAGAUUAUGUGAUGGAUGUGCUUAUUUCAAGACUUGUGCAACAAAAAGUAUUUGAAGGAACUUCAACUUCAUAAUGUUGUUUAUUUUUUAACCCCACUCUUAAAGACUUGUAGAGGGAUAUUUCGUCAUGGGUUGCAUCGUUGGUAUAAAUCCAAAUGAAGAGUCUUUGUUCUCAUUCCUUAUACGGUUUGAAUGACAAAAAAAAUGAUGACUUAGCUUGAAGUUAAGAAAUUAACCCUUAAUUGUAAGUUGUGAAAUAAAUAAUGCAAUAUUAAGAAGUUCAAAAGACUAACGAAAGUAGUAUAAUGAUUG